AUGGAAAACUGCGUUAAGCUAGCUGUGGUUGGAAAGAUUAGCAUAGCGGCACAGCUAGACGAUGGACGCCGCAUUGCUGUAAGAAGGCACAAUGAGGAGGUAGAUCGAAACCGCCACAUUUUAUCAAAGAUCAUUGACUGUAUUAAAUUUUGUGGUGCUUUUGAACUGGCAAUGCGGGGACAUGAUGAAAGUGUUUCUUCAGACAAUCCAGGAAUUUUCAGAGGUCUAGUCGACUUAAUGGCUUCCAUUGAUCAGGACUUGAGGGAACACCUUAAAAAUGCAACCGUUUUUAAAGGAACUUCCAAGACAGUUCAGAACGAGCUCCUGGACUGUAUGCUGGCUGUUCUGACAGAACGGAUCAUGGAUGAAGUAAAGUCAACUGAAUUUUUAGCUAUCCAUGCAGAUCAAACUACUGACAUUUCCACUCACUGUCAGUUGGUGUUGGUAUUGAGAUACAUUGACAAACGCAAAAAUAUACAAGAGCGUUUUUUUGAGUUCAUCAAGCUACCCAACGCCUGUGCCGAAGCAAUAGCCAGUGCUUUAUUGGAGAGGCUGCAGACCAUCCUUCCCGAGGGACAAGAGAAAAAGUUGAUAGCCCAGGCCUAUGAUGGAGCCACGGUAAUGAGGGGUGCCACUGGAGGAGUGCAGCGGAAGGUGCAAGACAUCUAUCCACACGCUCACUACGUUCACUGUUAUGCCCAUCAAUUAAAUUUGAUUAUGCAACAAGCAACCUCCCAUAUCCCUCAAAUCAGUCAUUUCUUUUCUGACUUGGGGGGAUUUGCUUCUUUUUUUACAAAAUCGAGCAAGCGGACUGCUGUGCUUGAUGAAGUGGUGGCCCACCGACUUCCAAGUGCAUCGUCAACACGUUGGAACUUCAACAGUCUUGCUGUUAACACAGUGUACGAGCACAAGGAUGAGCUGGUGAAGUGUUUUCAGACUAUCCGGAACACAGAAGCCGAAGCAUUUGAUGGCCCAACAAAGAGGGAAGCUGGCGGCUAUGUGAGAAUGCUGGAAGACGACACAUUCUGUUUUUUCCUUUCAUUGUUUCACAAGAUUAUGCCUCAUGUAGACGUGUUAUACAACCAUCUGCAGAAGAAGAACAUCGAUUCUGUAUACAUCGCAGGAAUCACCCAGGCAUUCAUCAGUCGCAUGCAGACUAUCAGGGAGGCUGUUCCCAGUCUGGCUGAUGAUGAGGAGUACAGGGGACCUGUUCAGGAGCCAACCCCAAAGAAAAGGAGAACAUUGGAGAAGACACACGACACCAUUUGGCACUGGAGGUAUGUGACACCAUUAUGAGCCAUGCCAAGGAGAGGUUUUCUUUCACCAAGCACCUCGUCAGCGCCACUCUGUUGCAAGGAGACUUGUUCCAACAACACAGCAGGAAGUUCCCAGAUUCAGCACUGAAAACCACAGUGGAAGCCUACCCUUCACUGGACAAGGCCAAACUUAAAACAGAAUUGUCCCUGAUCUACGAGAACGAGGAGUUCCAGAGUUGCAGUGGUGCACUGGCUCUCUAUCAGGUUUUGAUGGAAAACAACCUUCAAGACACAUUCACUGAAACUGUAAGUCUUCUGAACAUCCUCAUCACCACACCAAUGACAACAUCAGACUCGGAGAGGUGCUUCUCUACUU